CUCCCGGGUGCGUAUCCCGAACACCUGCCCUUUAUCCCGUCCUUUUAUUUCUUCCACCUCACUUCAUAUCCCUCAACUCUCCCCUCAUACAUACAAUCUUGCAGCAAUGCAGGCCUUCCGCCGUAACACCCUCUCGGCCCUUCGCAAUGUCGGCGCCACCCAGCGUCGGACUCAGGCCACCUCUGCCUACAGCGAGACCUUGAACAACCUCAAGAUCAACAAGGACACCCGCGUUCUCUUCCAGGGUUUCACUGGAAAGCAGGGAACCUUCCACGCUGAGCAGGCCAUCGCCUACGGCACAAAUGUCGUCGGUGGUACCAACCCCAAGAAGGCCGGCAGCAUGCACCUCGACCGUCCCGUUUUCGCCAACGUUAGCGAUGCCGUGAAGGAGACCGGUGCCACAGCUUCCGCCAUCUUCGUUCCUCCCUCUCUUGCCGCUGCCGGUAUUGAGGAGGCCAUCGCCGCUGAGAUGGGCCUCGUUGUCUGCAUUACCGAGGGUAUCCCUCAGCACGACAUGGUCCGCAUCACCGACAUUCUUAAGACCCAGAACAAGACCCGCCUGAUCGGUCCUAACUGCCCCGGUAUCAUCGCUCCCGGUCAAUGCAAGAUCGGUAUCAUGCCCGGCUUCAUCCACAAGCGCGGCCGUGUCGGCAUUGUCUCUCGUUCCGGUACCCUGACCUACGAGGCCGUCAACCAGACCACCCUCGCUGGUCUUGGUCAGUCUCUCGUCGUCGGUAUCGGCGGUGACCCCUUCUCCGGCACCAACUUCAUUGACUGCCUCAAGGUCUUCCUCGAGGACCCCGAGACCGACGGUAUCAUCAUGAUCGGUGAGAUUGGUGGUUCCGCCGAGGAGGAUGCUGCCGAGUUCUUCAAGGCCAACAACAUCCACAACAAGCCCGCCGUCUCCUUCAUCGCCGGUAUCUCCGCUCCCCCCGGCCGCCGCAUGGGUCACGCCGGUGCCAUCGUCAGCGGUGGUAAGGGUGGUGCCGAUUCCAAGAUCGCCGCUCUCACCGAUGCUGGUGUCAUCGUCGAGCGCAGCCCUGCUUCCCUCGGCAAGACUCUUCUUGCUGAGUUCGUCAAGCGCGACCUUGUUUAAAAUUGUCGCCCCUUUUGAUGCAUCGCGUGUCUUGUUGUCCUGGUUUUGAAGACGGGGAUCUAAGGUAUAUGUGCCAUUUUAUACUAUGGGGUUUUAUGGGCUGUUCCUUUUCGGCUGCUCCUGUAUUCUUUUUCUCCUUUGUGUUAGAGAUCCUUGAAGUAAUCAUGCUCGUGUAAUUAUUACUGUGUGCUGCUUGUGCAGAGUGGAUGGUUGAAAUAUGUAAAUAUAUGGAAACCAUUCUUUUAAA